UACUGUAGGCAGUAAUGCUGGUAACUUCUGUCAGAAAACAUUUACAAAGCUGCGGCGAAGCUUCUCUCUCCUUCCUCGCAAAUUCAGCAGCGUCGCGUCCCAAUUUUCCGGCGAGAUCUCCGAUCGGUUACCGCUUCGACUUGGUGAAUAUUCUUCCUGGUAAAAGUAGAUAUGCAAAAUAGUGGUGCCAAAGAUACCCUACUUCGUGAAAGCAGCAACCAAAAGGUUCACCCCCAGCCAAUGGAGGAGGCCGCAAAUCAAAAUCCCGAAGCCAUGGAAGCCCUAGUUUCUAGAAUAUUCACAAACAUCUCUUCCCUCAAAUCUGCCUACAUUCAACUCCAAGCAGCCCACACUCCUUAUGACCCCGAUAAAAUUCAAGCCGCGGAUAAACUUGUAAUUUCGGAGCUAAAGAAUUUAUCCGAACUGAAGCAUUUCUACAGAGAGAACAACCCUAAACCUGUUUGUGUCUCUCCACAAGAUUCUCGAUUGGCUGCAGAGAUUCAAGAGCAGCAGAGCUUGUUGAAAACUUACGAGGUGAUGGUGAAAAAAUUCCAAUCCGAAAUUCAUAAUAAAGAUUCGGAAAUUCUUCAAUUGGAGCAGCAAAUCCAAGAGGCGAAUCAGAAGCGGGUGAAACUCGAGAAGAAUCUGAAGCUAAGGGGCUUAUCUGCAAAAGAGUCGGAAGGUGUAAACGGGGUUUUCUCGUCGUUGGAUUUAUCUCCCGAUCUUUUUAAGUCGGCUGUAGAAGCUGCCUCGAGGGCUAUUCAUGAUUUUUCGAAGCCGUUAAUCAACAUGAUGAAAGCUGCUGGAUGGGAUCUCGAUGCAGCAGCAAACUCAAUCGAGCCAAACGUUAAUUACGCAAAGAGGGCCCACAAGAAAUACGCGUUCGAAUCUCACAUUUGCCAGAGAAUGUUCGUCGGAUUUCAAGACGAAAACUUCUCCAUGAAAAAGCCGGAGAAAAAUCCGAUCGAAACUAAAGAAAGUUUUUUUCAGCAGUAUCUCGCCUUGAGGGAAAUGGACCCGCUAGAUGCUGUGGGCCAGGAUCCAGAUUCCACGUUUGGAAUAUUCUGCCAGAGUAAAUAUCUCGAGGUUCUUCAUCAGAAAAUGGAAGCUUCGUUUUUCGGAAAUUUGGAUCAACGGAAUUAUAUAAUGGGAGGUGGGCAUCCGAGGACUGCUUUCUACCAGGCUUUUCUGAAACUGGCAAAGUCGAUUUGGCUUCUGCACAGGCUGGCGCAUUCUUUUGAACCUUCGGUUAAGAUUUUUCAGGCGAAAAGGGAUAGUGAGUUUUCGGAGGUUUAUAUGGAAAGUGUUGUGAAGAAUUUUAUUUUAGAAGAUGGCGACGAAAAGCCGAAAGUCGGUUUGAUGGUUAUGCCUGGAUUUUGGAUUGGUGGUAGUGUUAUCCAAUCGCAAGUCUAUCUUACUGGGGUUAAGGUAGCAGAAUAAUCUUUCGAUUUUUCGAUUUCUUUUGGCUGUUUUUUUUUUUUUUUUUUUUGGGAUUUUGUAUGUAACUGUGUGUAUCAUCAGAUCAUGGUUAUUAUCUUAAUAUGUAAUUUUAUGAUGUGU